GGCCGCGCGCAGGUGCUUAAAUAGCGGCGGCGGCGCCGCGCUGCCGCGCCGCUCCGCGCCUCGGGCAGAACAGGACCAAAGAUCUUCUGUCCUUGCUUCUGCAGUUAUAUAGGACAGGAAUCUAUUUAGGGAGAGAGUCUGAAAGGUCUCCUGCCUGGUGAAGGAGAAGCAAGAUUUAUAUGCUUGAAAAGAUCUACUAUAGCUUUCUGUCCCUGGAUGUUAUCACGGAGGGAAAAAAAGGCUCAUCUACUUGAGGAGAUUCUCUUGUAAUGUAUCCAGGGGCUAUUCCUGCACCAGGAGGUGAAGGAAAUAAUGGACGUCAUGGAAAACUUAUUUUUUCCCUUUUUGUUUUUGGAGCUGUCCUGCUCUGUGCUGGAUUCCUGCUUUCAGUCUUUAUCCUACAGUCAUGUCCAUCUGGAACCUUCAGUGACUGCAAUGGGGUCCUUAAGGCUACUGGGCCUCUGCUGGCUAUAACUGGACUAGUUUGUGUUUUAUUGGCACGAUCAAGGGCCAGACUCUAUAUAAGACAGAGACAAUUGCAAAAUGAGCAGGUAUACAGCCUUGUUUUUUGUCGAGGGAACUGUCAGUUUGCCCAGUUUCUUAUCUUUGGAUUCCUGUUCUUAACUAGUGGAAUGCUAAUUAGCAUCCUGGGCAUUUGGGUUCCUGGCUGCAACCCCAGCUGGCAGAGUGCACAGCACAACCACACCAGCAACCCUGAGGUGGACCUGCAGGGGUGUGGAUUCCUGUCUCUGCAAAUCAUGGGCCCUUUGAUUGUGCUCACUGGAUUAUGUUUCUUUGUGAUAGCUCAUGUUAAAAAGAAACAAAACUUAAAUCUCAAUGAAGAAUCUUGUGAAAAUGAAGAACACCUGCAGAGUCCAGAAUCUUUUCAAGUUACCAUAGGUGAUGCUGUAAUGGUAUUCCCACCUCCACCACCUCCUUAUUUUGCUGACUCUCUGUCACCAACUGUGACUCACUGUCUCAUGUCAAGUGGUUUGCCUGCAAGUGAAAACCCUCCACCAUACCACACUAUCUUCUGUGAUCGAUUACAACUUGCAGACGAUGAAAGAACAGUUGCUGUUAGAGACUAUGAAACCAUAUAUACAAUUUCUGGCAGCAGUUCACCUUCAGGUAUUUUACCAAUGCUGUAUCUCUCCUCUGAAUCGCCUCCAAAAUAUGAAGAAAAAGAAGCAUCAAUAACAAAUAAUGAAUAUUCUCCAUCCUCCUCUUCAUCAUCUUCAUCCAUUUCCUUAGCCACAUCUGACACCAGCUCACAGAGAACUGUCAACUAACUUCAUUUUUAAAUGAAAUUGUAACCUCAGAUUUAAAAAUUUUAAUUUUAUUUACAUUUUAUAAUAAAAGCAAUAAUGUUGGCUGCGUCUUAAUUUUUCAUCAAAAAGCCUAAGUGAUAAAUUUAGUUUUUCAAGAAAUAUUAGAUAAUGAUGGGCUUCUGAACAAAUGGUUUGAAGAGAUUUAAAUCACUGCAAUAAUGUUAAAUGUUCAUCUUAUUCUGUUACAACUUUAGUUUCUAUUUUUAGUUAUUAUUUAUAUAAUGGAG